AUGUUCGCAGCUUUAAAGUAUCACUCAACAGACUAUUUAUAUGAGAGCAUGGCAAGGCAGAAGUUUUCCAUCUGGAGAUUAUCACUUUGCCUUCCUUCCUGUUUACAACAAGAGGAAAAGUAUCAUCUCACUGGACUCUUUGCUGAUGAUAAGUAUAGGAAACCAUGGACUAGAAUUACUUCAACACAGAACAUGAUCGCUAUUUCGGUAUUGGAUCAAUGGAAGAAAAGUCUAUCUGUGGAGGAUUUCCUGGAAAAGAAACCUAUCUCCUCUGUAGAGUUCCAUUUUAGUAAUGAAUUAAUAGAAGUUAUUCCAAGUUCAAAUCCCUGCUCUCAGACUGACAUAGAACGACCUUUUUUACUUACGAAGAACAUUUUUGAGGAAGAAUCCACCCAAGACAAAUAUUUGAAGACUGACUAUGCCACUGAAUUGAAAGAACAAUGGCAAGAUUUAUGUGUGGAAGAGGAACUUAUUUUUAUUGAUAAUCUUGAAAAUUUUCGUAAAAAAAUGCCUACUUCAUCUGUACUUCUGAGCAGACUACAUUUUUUUUUAGUGAAAGAUCCCCUUUUAGAUUCUGAAGGACAGAAUUUAACAGAAGAGAACAUUUUCAGGGAAUGUUUGACUUUCCAAAAUGAAAUGGAGACGGAAGAGAGUAAAAAAGAAUUGCAGGGGAUUAAAGAGAACUUCUGUACCAUAUCUGUAAAAGAUGAAGAGUAUUUCAUGUUGCCUGUUGAGUUAGAAUUCUGCAAACCCAGCAAUGGCAGAUCAGAUUCUGUUAAGAUUCCAUCAUACUUGGAGGUGAAAGAGUUGUUAAAUUUAGCUCCAGAAUCUAUGGCUGAUGAAGACAUGUACAAAGAGGUGGUCAAAGAAGAUCUCAAAGCAGAAAUUACAUACAAAAUAGAAAUUUCCAAGUACUGUCCCAUACCACAAGAGGUUGGCUCCAGUAAUAGCAGAAGUAUGUUGGAAUUCUGUGAGUCAGCUGAAUGUGUUCCAUAUCUGAAAGACAAAAUGGAAGUACCUUUAACUCCUCCACGUAGACAUCAAAGAUCAUGGGUUAAUUUUCUAUGCACAGGACUUCAGGAAGAACCUAUCCCUCUUUCUCAUAACAGUAUUUUUAUUACAGAGCCCUCUAGGGAAUACUUAGAAUGUUUGGUAUGGCAAUCAGAGAAAUAUCGGGAUAAUAUGAACUCUCUUUUGCUUGUCGAGCAUCAGACUGUGGAACUUGUGUAUCAGCAUCAUUCGCUUACAGAACUGAAGGAGUUGCUAGCAGUUGAAGUAGAAGCACCAAUGCUUAGCUCACUAGAGGAGGGCUGGUGGCUUCAUUUGGGUUUAAAUCCAGUCUCCAUAGAAACUUUGGAGCAAUUAAAUAUGGAUGUCAGUACUGCAAACAGUUUGCUUCCUACAGAAGUAGAAACAUUUACACAAUUUACAGUGUAUCAGUUAGAAAGAUGGCUUGAAGAGAAGAAUUCCGUGACAAACCAGGAGCUGCUUUCUGCUGAAAGGCACGGGUCGGACAAAGUAAUUGAUCUUUACAUGUCACCACAGACUCAAAGGCAGUACUUUGCCCAGCAUGUGAGCGCUGCAUCAUCUGCCAAAAUUCACAGUACAGAUACAUCUGUGGAAGAGCUUACUGAAGGAAGCAUAAAAAAGAAUAAGGUAGAAGAGGCAAUUUAUUUCUUAAACCAAGAAAAGAAAAUCUCCAAAUCAUCUGAAUCAGUCAACUGUAAAGAUGCGUCUUCUAAACAAGACAACUCAUCCAGCAGUCAAAAGCCUCCAUCAUUUGCACUUGCUACAAAAUGGGACAAUGAUGAUUCUGACCUGAGCAACUUUAUCAUGCUGAGAUCUAAACAUACGCUCACUGAAAGAGAGGAAAAAAAUGAUGUAGAUAGUCCUGAAAAAGUGCUACAACCUCAAGAACAGCAUAUGCAUGUUCAAAAAGAGGACAGUUCUGUUUGUGAGACUGUAAGAAUAGAGGAGAAAGAACAAGACAAUGAGGACAGUAUCGCAGUCAAUAUUCAAGCAUCAGAAAGCCAAUGCCAGGCAUACGGCCUCUUGGAAGAAGCAGCCACUCCUGUUCUAAAAGAUUUGACACAUCUGAGUGUACUUCCUUCUGUAGAUUGGAGCUUUGACAGUGUUAAAUUUGAUCAUACAAGGUUUUUCUUAAAACAGCAAGAGAAAGUGAUAUGUGAUCAUUUUAAAGAAGGUAAAAUAGAUGAGAAGGAGAUCAUGCUGUUCAGACAUGCUGCUCUGGUGCACCUGCUGGUGACAGUUCGAGAUCUUCUAUUAACAUGUGGCUUGGACACAGCACUAGGUUAUUUGUCCAAGGCAAAGGAUAUCUAUAAAAACAUCUUAGAAUCCUGUUUAAAUAAUGUCUGGAGGCAGUUGAAGAUUGUGCAGUACAGCAGCCAGAAAAAGCAUGAAACAAAUCCCAAAAUAACACAGCUUCAGUGUCAAAUGUUAAAUUGGAUGCGAAGUUAUGGAGAGGAACACAGUGUUAAGAUACUAAUCAUAACAAGGAUGGAUUCUAAAAGAGAAAAAGCUGCCCUCAUUCACGCUUUAUCUAGAGUAGAAGGUUUAAAAGCUAUGGAUUUGAAUUCUGAGAAAAAAGGAACCUUUUUAGGUUAUAAAGAUAUCAUAAGCAACCUUAGUAGAUAUUCCUGUGUUAUUGUACAUAAUCAGCAAAUUGGAGCUGACUUCCCUUGGACACACUUCUCAUUAGUAAUGGAAUACGAUUAUUCUGAAAACUCUUGCUGGAAAAAUCUGUGCAAAAAUCUGGAUGUUACUUACAUGACUUUUAAAACCACGCUCCCUGAAACAAUACAAAUGGGGAAUCACUGUGGUUCCUUUCUUCUGGAGGUACAGAUUCCAUAUGUAUUUCUGACAACUGAAGGUCUUCUUAAUAUGCCAGAUAUUCUUCAGCUUUUGGAAUCCAAGUACAGCAUUACCUUUAUUGAAAGAAGCACUAGUUACUCUUUAAGGCUCUUUGGAAGUACAGAUCGAUAUGUUGUGUUGACAAUAGAUGAAUGUACUGCUAUCUUUUUGCAGAGUAUGGAAGAACUAAAUUAUGAGAAAUCCUGUGACAAUGUAAUAUCAAAGCUGAUGGCGUUAUCGCUCCAAUAUACGUGCUGUUGGAUUGUUUUCUAUUCCAGAGAAAGACUGAGUUUAGAGUACAGUCUCAAGGGAGAUACACUGCUUAACCUUGUCUUAAUUUACGCCGCUCUAAUUGAACUUACACAGAAGUCAGAAGACUUUGAAGUAAAGGUAGUUCUUAUGCCAGGGAUUGAAGAGACAGCACCAGUAAUUCGCCAGGUUGCUGACAACAUUUUGAUAGCAUCUAAUAUCAGUCCUCAUGAGUGGUUGGACAAAUCCUGGCUUUCUGUCUUGCCGUCUGAGACAGAGAAAUGCCUGCUUACUUUUCCAUGUAUCAACCCUCUGGUUGCUCAGUUUAUGUUAAGGAAGGGAUCUUCGCUGAACAGGUUGUUUCUUGCAAGCUUUGAUCAACUUCAGGAACUUCUGCCAGAGGUUCCAAAAAAAGUUUUAAAGCAUUUUAGUGACAUAACAUCUUCGUACAGCCUAAAUGCUGCAGCUCCACUAGAAACAGCAGUGAAAAGUGCAUCACCCCCAGAAAAUGGGAAUAACUUAAACUCAUUCUAUCCAGAUUGUAAACAAAAUCAUCAGUCUUUAGAGCUGCUUGGACCACCUCUUAUGAAUUCUGAAGCCAUAAUUCCUCCAUUGAAUCAUCAUCAGGGGGUUUUUGACACUGAUCUUCCAACCUAUAUGCAAAAGAAAUCAUGUUCUUCAGAAGUAAUUACAGGGAGGAAGCAGAAUGUCUUCGCUGUGCCAAAGGACUGUGAAGAUUUUGCUCAUCUACAUGUUACGAAUUCUAUUAAUGUUCAAAGACAGCCUUUCAGGAUGCACUAUAGCUCUGAUCAUUCUUCCAAAAACUCUGAAAAAGAGGAUUUCUUUGCAAUUUUCAGUGACUGUGUAUCUCAGGAGACCUCUAAGAGUUUUCCAGAAGAUUUUAGAGACACAACAUUUAAAAGCCCAGAAAUUAUGAUUGACCAGACCCCAUGGAAUGACCCUUCCACAGGCCCAUGUGACUCAUUUGCAUCUGAUGGUUUUCUCUCUGAUUUCUUUGUUGACCCAGAUGAGCUUCAAAGUCUGAAUUUUCACCAAAUAGGUAGAGAAUCUAAAGGAAAGAGAAAACAAAGUCCACCAUUCUUAUGGACAAAAGAAAAAAAUAGAACAGAUUCAGGAUUUGCAGAAGUACCAGGGUUCAAAAAAAGGAGAUUGACAUAUGAAAGAGUCCCUGGAAGAAGGGAUGGACAAACACGUCUUAAAUUCUUUUGA